AUGGCGGCGAAGCCAAGUUCCUUCAGGAACGGAAUACUCGAGAAACGAGAGAAGCUUCUUUCUAAUAAUGGUUUCUCCUCCGAUUUCAGAUUCACCGACAUCGAGUCCAACGAUCUACUCGAAGGUGAUGGCUACGGAAGGAAAAGGUUAUGCUGCUGCUGUUCGUGCGGGAAUCUAGCCGAGAAAAUCUCCGGUGUUUAUCAGGAUGCUAAAGAUGUAGCGAGGAAAGCCUGGGAGAUGGGUGUAUCUGAUCCGAGAAAGAUCGUCUUCUCCGCGAAGAUUGGUCUUGCUCUGACGAUUGUAGCGGUUUUGAUUUUCUUCCAGGAACCUAAUCCGGAUCUCAGCCGUUACUCUGUUUGGGCUAUUCUUACCGUCGUCGUCGUCUUCGAAUUCACGAUCGGAGCAACACUAAGCAAAGGGUUUAAUCGAGCACUUGGGACAUUAUCAGCUGGAGGUCUUGCUCUUGGAAUGGCUGAGCUUUCGACUCUAACCGGAAGCUGGGAAGAGUUAUUCUGUACUAUUAGUAUCUUCUGCAUUGGGUUUAUUGCAACUUUCAUGAAACUGUACCCGGCGAUGAAAGCUUAUGAAUACGGUUUCCGGGUUUUCUUGCUUACGUAUUGUUAUAUUCUGAUUUCCGGAUUUAGAACAGGGCAGUUCAUAGAAGUGGCUAUCUCUCGGUUUCUGCUUAUAGCUCUUGGAGCUGGUGUUAGUUUAGGUGUCAAUAUGUUUAUAUAUCCUAUUUGGGCUGGAGAGGAUCUUCAUAACCUUGUUGUGAAGAAUUUCAUGAAUGUCGCUACUUCUCUUGAAGGUUGUGUCAAUGGAUACCUACGCUGUGUUGAAUACGAGAGAAUCCCAUCCAAAAUCCUUACGUACCAAGCCUCAGAGGAUCCGGUUUACAAGGGUUACAGAUCAGCGGUUGAGUCAACCAGCCAAGAAGAGUCUCUGAUGAGUUUCGCUAUAUGGGAGCCACCACACGGACCAUACAGGUCAUUUAACUACCCAUGGAAGAACUACGUCAAGCUCAGCGGCGCUCUCAAGCAUUGUGCAUUCACUGUGAUGGCUUUGCACGGUUGCAUUCUCUCUGAAAUCCAGGCGCCUGAAGAAAGGAGACAGGUUUUCAGGCAAGAACUUCAAAGAGUUGGUGUAGAAGGAGCCAAAUUGUUAAGAGUGCUCGGUGAAAAGGUUAAGAAGAUGGAGAAGCUAGGACCAGUCGAUUUGCUCUUCGAAGUACACUUAGCUGCCGAAGAAUUACAGCACAAGAUCGACAAGAAAUCCUACCUUCUCGUCAACUCUGAAUACUGGGAGAUCGGAAACCGAUCCACCAAGGAAUCACCAUCGGAGCCUCAAGAACUUCUCUCCCUCGAAGAUUCAGAUCCACCAGAGCAACUCGAGGCUCCGAUCUACGCCAUCAAAUCCCUAAGUGAGGCGGUUCUGCAGAUACCGAAGAGCUGGGGCGAGAAGAAUCACCGUGAGCCAUUGAACCAUAGGCCUACUUUCUCAAAACAGGUGUCGUGGCCUGCACGGCUUGUGCUUCCGCCGCAUCUAGAGACGACAAACGGAGCUUCCCCGUUGCUGGAGACGACAGAGACGUACGAGAGCGCGAGUGCAUUGUCUCUCGCGACAUUCGCAUCGCUGCUCAUAGAGUUCGUUGCUCGGUUGCAAAAUGUGGUGGACUCGUUCGAGGAGUUGAGCGAGAAAGCGAAGUUCAAGGAGCCAGAGAUUGCUACGUCAGCUACGGAUGCCGAGUUAUCCGGCGAAACAGUCGGAAUUGGCCGUAAGAUCCGUCGGUGUUUCGGGCUGUAA